CUGAACUAAAUUAAUGUCCAUUUUUGUGAUGGCGGCUGAUAUUUAUAGAUCGUAAGGGUGUUGUGAGUUUUCAAUAAUAAAUGUUUUAAAAUGGAGGAGACUAAAGUUAUUUACUACAUAGACGACGAGGAGACGCCGUAUUUAGUUAAAAUACCGAUAUCUCCGGAAAAAGUGACACUGUUGGACUUUAAAAAUCAAUUGAACAGGCCGAACUACAAGUUUUUUUUCAAAUCCAUGGACGAUGAUUUCGGUGUUGUUAAAGAGGAAAUAGUGGACGACAACGCACAUUUGCCGUGCUUUAACGGCCGCGUGGUGUCUUGGCUGGUGUCUGCCGAGGGCUCCAACCCUUCCGACGGCGCUUCCCAGUGCACUGACAGCAAUGCUGGCAAAACGAAGCAGAACAUCCACGGGGCACCCACAGUGCCUCUGACUAGGGACACCUGCACGGACACAGAUAGCACGAUCAGCUCCCGACCCGGCCACAGAGCGUCCUGCGACAAAUACAAGUACAGGGGCCUCAGAAUAAACGGGCAUUCGAAGUACGGCAACCAUGGGCUGGAAUACGAAACUGCUUCAGUUCUAUCAUCAGAUUUGGACUCCACCAGUCUCUUCGACAGCCAAUCGGAGAUAACAACUACCACUGGCAGACAUACCAAUGCCUCCGUAGACAGAGCACUCACAGAAUGCAGCAGUGUAUCUCAUUUGCAGGUCAGCUCACGCAAAAGGCCUCAGAGGCGGCGGAAAAGGCCUCAAGUGAUGUCCCGCACGUCUUCCUACUCCUCUAUCACGGACUCUACGAUGUCUAUGCACAUAAUUACAGUGACUUUAAACAUGGACACAGUGAAUUUUCUCGGUAUAUCGAUAGUUGGUCAGUCAAAUAAGGGUGGUGAUGGUGGGAUCUAUGUUGGCAGUAUUAUGAAAGGUGGUGCGGUUGCGCUGGAUGGCAGGAUUGAACCCGGUGAUAUGAUUUUACAGGUGAACGACGUGAACUUUGAGGACAUGACCAACGAUGAGGCAGUGCGGGUCUUGCGUGAGGUGGUGCAAAAGCCGGGCCCCAUAAAGCUGGUCGUAGCCAAGUGCUGGGACCCCAACCCCAAGGGCUACUUCACCAUACCUCGCACAGAGCCGGUCCGCCCCAUUGACCCUGGUGCCUGGGUGGCACACACCCAGGCGCUGCGCGAGGCGUACCCUCCGCCGCCGCUCUCCACGCUGCCGGCGGGCUCCAUCCCCGAGCGGGGCUCCGACGUGGGCUCGCUGCCUGCGGAGCCCACCCUUGCCAUUGGUAUGGACAUGGCGAGGAUCGUUAGGGCCAUGUUGAGUCCUGAUUCAGGGCUGGAGAUCCGCGACCGCAUGUGGCUCAAGAUCACGAUACCCAACGCGUUCAUCGGCGCCGACGUCGUGGACUGGAUCCUGCAGCACGUGGCCGGCGUGGCGGACCGCCGCGACGCGCGCAAGUACGCCUCGCACAUGCUCAAGGCCGGCUUCAUAAGGCACACGGUGAACAAGAUAACGUUCUCGGAGCAGUGCUACUACGUGGCGGGCGAGCUGUGCGCCGACAUGGCGGCGCUGCGCCUCCGGAGCGCCGACCAGGACAGCCUCGCCUCCGACACCUUGGCGCCGCUGCCCAACCCCAACAUGAUGGGGCCGGGCUACAUGCCGUACGCUGGCUCGUACGGCUACCAGCCCAUACCCUUCAAGUACAGCUCCUGUGUCACCAGCGAACACACCAUAUAUGGUUACAAUCGCGAAGAGAGCGUGCUGUCCGGUAGCGGGGGCUCCAGCGCCGGCUCCGACCACCUCACCGCCAAGGAGCCCACUGCGGCGCGCGAGAACGAGGUGAAGUCGACGUCGAGCGGGUCGGGCGCCAGUGCGGCGGCGGACGGCGGCGGCGGCGGCGCGCGCCGCUCGCACUCGCACUCCAGCGGCUCGGACCGCGCCACCGACCGCCCCGUGCUCUUCCUCUAACGGACAAAAUUGUAAGGUGUCCGUCACUGCCAAAUAAAAUUUAUAGGAAUUUGUUACGUAUUUAUCAGUAAUGAAUAUACAUUGAAUCGAUAUUGGAGGCAAUUGCACUAAAACUGAACCAAAUGAGGUUUACUAAAGCAGUUUUGAUAAAACUGUUAAUGUUACCUAAUUUGGAGUAUUACCUAGUCGUGACAAUUUUUUUUAGUAUGACUUGAAAUUUUUGAGAUAUGUGCAAAAAAGUAUACAAACACAUAAUAAGAGUUGAAUUCAUAACCCGCUUUUCAUGGAGUCGGUUAAAAAUAAUUUGGUUCAGUUUUUUUGCACUUAACGUCUAUUAUUCGAUCGUAUUGUCAUUUGUAUACUAGUUAUAGCUCGUAGAUAUGUCUGUCGUUGACUAUAGACAAAGUGUUAUACAACGAACUUUGUCAUCUCUAUACAAUAUUAUGUCUAUGGUUCAGUACUGUUAACGUUCAGUGCACGGUCAUGGCACUGUCCGGUGUGAUACGCCGUAUUUUUUUAAUCAAUGAAUACCUAAGACUAUUUUUUAAAUAGUCUUUAUAUACUCAGAGGCACAAUUAUCCGCCCACUUUAAAAUACUCAUAUUAAAGUUUUUUUUUAGUCUCAGUAUUCCUGCAAUCUGACGUGAGUAAGUGAUUUGCCCAAAUAUAUAUAGUGUCUAUUUCAUGACAUCUUGUGGUGCUCGGUCUCUUGAGCCUUUUGAAGGUUGUACCAGGUUUCUUCAUCAUCCUUGCAAGUUGAUUUGGAUGUUAAUAAUACUCUUUUGGUAUGUUUUUAUUGAGUGUGCUUCUCUUUUUGGCUGGUGAGAGGCUUCGGUCUUGGCUAGUUACCAUCCUACCGGCAAAGACGUACCGCCAAGCGAUUUAGCGUUCCGGUACGAUGCCGUGUAGAAACCGAAAGGGGUGUGGAUUUUCAUCCUCCUAAUAACAAGUUAGCCCGCUUCCAUCUUAGACUGCAUCAUCACUUACCAUCAGGUGAGAUUGUAGUCAAGGGCUAACUUGUAAAGAAUAAAAAAAAAAAUUAUAGUUUUAAUUUUUAGUUCACUAUGCAGGCGAUCAUUUUUGAUGUACCAAGGAGCAUUGGUAAUGCGCAGCAUUUUUUGACUGGAACCGUGAGCAUAUUAAAGUGGGCGGAUAAUUGUGCCUCUGAGUAUAUAUAUGCAUGAAUUUGGUAUGACAGUCAAAUGAAUAAUUAUAAGUGAAACUUCGUUACAUACGACAUAAGUCUCGUUUGAGAUAUGUAUGUUUUGAUUUUUUGUAACAUAAUAUGGUGGAAAUAAAGUUGUACAAUCACUAAAUUGAUGAAAUUAUUGAUACAAAUGGUUUUUAUAUAUUUAUUGUAAUUUUUUUUUUAUAUUAACUGCGAGGUCUCGCUCCCACGCCUUUUUGUAAUGCCCUUCGCCCAUUGCAUAGCUCAAGUAACAUUACGUCAAUGAGUUAUUUUUUUAUUUAUAUUUUUUUUAUGUAUGUUACAACAUCAAAAAAUUAAAAAAAAAUUGAUUUAAUUUUUUUUUUAUUCAAGUUAAAAAAAUUUGAUAAAAUCCGAAAUAACAAUAUAACUUGGUCACCCUAGUAGGGAUUUUUCAAAACUAUUCAAAUUUGUUUUUAAAUAAUUAGAUGGUGUAUCUACCAUUUGCGUUUUAUACAUUAAUUACGGGACACCCUGUAUGUACAUUGCAUUGCCUUAUAGUGAAUGUUCAGCUUUAUUUUUAACGUAAAAAAAAAGUAAAAAGUGACGUAAUGAAACCGAUUUUAUUAAUAAAUGACGCCAAUUAUUAGUUUACUAGUGACGCCAUAUUACAUUUAUUAUUAUUAAAUAUUUGUUUGAGGAUUAUUUGUAAAAAUUUUAAACGUCAAUUAAUUUUUUUUUUUAAUAUUUUCUAUAUCAUCAAGUUUUUGGUUCAGUAUUUUUUUUUUGUUUUUGACAUAUAACAAACCUGCUCGUUUUGCAAGGUUUAUGAAUUUUUUUCUUUUUUUUUAAUACCAAUACAGUAAAACAGUUUUUUUUUUUCAAAAUGUUUGUUAAUUUUGACGGUUUGAAAUUUUUAUGAAUAAUCCGUUUAGUUUAGUGUAAAUUAACUGUAUUUUGUGAAUAGAUUAAUGAUAAUAUUUAAAUAUAAAUAAAUAUGAUAGAUGUAGACACCGUAAGAGUACGCUAGGUAGGUGCUGUAGAUAUAGUAUUUAUAAAUGAAUGGGAUAGCUGCAGUGUCCCAGGUUCGAAUUGAGGUUAAACAUUAUAUGAAGUUCAAAAUUACACAAAUAUUAAAAAAAAAAAAUUUUUUUUUUCAAAUGGGCAUGACCUUAAAACUAUAUAUUUUUUAUAAGGCAUGAAUUUUUUUUUAUCCAUGACUUUUCCUUUCCACUCCAACUGAAAGUUUAUGGGCCCAUGAACAAAGUAUUUAUUAAUGAGCAUACUGCUUAAAGGACACGGUCAAUUUUGGGCAUGAAUGAAGUAAAAUUCUUUAUUGUACAAUAAAUUGAAAUCACCAAAAAUAAUGGGAAUUCGUACUUGUUAUUUUUUUUUUUGUUGAUAUCGUACAUUUAUAACCGACAUCAAAAAAAAUGAGGAGGCUAUCAAUUUGACGCGUAUGUUUUUUUUUCAUGUUUGUAUAUCGUCAUACCUUCGUCAUUUAUUAACCAAUUUUGAAAAUUUGAAUAUUAUUAUUUUUUUAAAUAAAAAGAGUAUAUUUCAGAUUGGUCCUAAUUCAUUUUCAUUAAAAUCGGUUUAGUAAUUUUGUGUUAAAAUCAAUAUAACCGUAGUACGUCUUUGAAGUCGGUUCCAUUUUUAUGUUAAAAAGAUUAUCUGAAGUAGGUAUGCCCAAUUUUUUUUUUUUGGGAUAGCUGAUCUAUACAAAAAAAAAUAGAUUGUUUAACGCCCAUAUCUUGAUCAUGGAAUUGUCAAUCAAAUUGAAAUUAAACCAGUUUAAAACUGAUUGUUUACGAGGAAAAUUGUCAAAAAAACUUUUUUCUUCCCCCAUAUAAACCACAUUGACAUUAAAAAUAAUGAAAUCUGUCGGUAUGAGUAGUUUAUGAAAUAUAUAGCAGACGCCCCGCGGUUUCACCCACGUAGUAACCUAAUAAAAUACAAAGAUAAAAUUAUAGCUUAACUCAAAAAAAAAAAUUAAUAGUUAAAUAUUUUUAUUUUAUAAUCGGUUGAUAGGUUUAUUUAAAUCGUGACAAACAAACAAAAAAUCAAUAUUUACCUGUUAAUAUUAUUAGUUUAGAAAGAAAAAAAGGAAUUUUUGUUUCGCCUCAAUUCGUACCUUCGCUACUGAUAGAGGGUGGAUUUAGUAUUUAGAUUGAGUAUAUUUUUCAUAAUAUUUACUACAUAACCAUUUCUUAUACCCCCAUAGCGUAAUAUUUUGGGGGUAUUCUACAAAAGAGGGUGCAUUUAUAGCCCAGCGAUUAAAAAUUAGCAUUUCGAGACCGAAAUUCAACGAUUUUUUUUAUUUACAUUUUUUUUUUGUAUGAGUAUUCCUUUUAUAUUGUUCGCUUAUUACUUUUGUGAAUAGUGUUUUUUUUAAACAGUUUUGAUGAUUUUUUUUUUCUGUUCCACAUGAUAAAAAAAUGUUAGUGUCUAUGGGAAAAAAAUGGUAUUGUUGUGUAUUAGUGCUCCCUCACAGGAGAUAUAUUAUAACAUGUUAUAUAACAUUUCAUAACUAUAUAACAUGAAAUUAGUAAUUAGAAGUAGGGUAUAUUAUACGUAACAUUGGAUGAAUAAUUACAUCAUAAACAUGAUAUUAUAUGUUAUGUUGUUAUAUAACAUGUUAAAUAACAUUUUAUAACUAUAUAACAUGAAAUUAGUAGUAUAGUAUUAUACGUAACAUUUGAUAAAUAACUACAUCAUAACAUGAUAUUUUAUGUUGUUAUAUAACAUGUUAAAUAACUUCUGUGUGGAGCCUUAGCGAGUGAGCGGCUUUAUUUAAAAAAUUAGGGCACACUUUAAAUUAAAAGAAAAAUGAAUGUAUACGUAGAAUUGAGAAAGUUUGGAAUUAAAUUAUUGAAUGAGGGUAUAACGUUAUAAUUACUGUGAAUGUAUUGAAUUAUAAUGUAUUAGGACGUAGAUAAAAAAGGUAAAAAAAAGUAUUUAUGAUUUCUUUAAACAAUUUUCGGACUAAAAAUCAAGCUGUAAACAAUACAAAUACAAGUAUAGACAAUAGACAUAUAAAUAAAUAGGUAAAUACUUAUAGACAGCUCUUAGAAUCGCUCAAAUCAAAGCAAAGGAAAAUAGCAAUUUAAAUUUGAAAUUAAUAAAUAUAAUCUUCCGUAAUAUAAUAAUCCGUACCUCGAAUUAAACAUUACAAUAGUAGUGUAAAAUAUUAAACAGGAGUUUUUCGUAUGUAUUUAAAUCAUUUCCAAUUUGUUUGCAGUCAGUACUUUUGUUUGUAUUGUCUACACUCUUGUCAAUGUGUUGUAUAAUCUGUGUAGAUUAAAAAAAAAAAACAAGUAUUUAUGAGUAACUUUAUUUUAUCGGUUAGUUGUUCAAACAUAUCAAAAUAUGCUUUGUUUAAAUUAGCAAAUUGGAUUUAGUCCUACAGCUUGUCGUACAUUGCAACACGAGCCGAGAUAUUUUUGGGGUUAUUUUUUCAUGUAAUGCGGUUAUUUCAAUAACCCAUAAAUGAUUGUUAAUAAUGGUCAAUAAUAGUUUGGGCAGGAAAUUCUAAGGCGACCUACUCGCAAUAACUUUUUAACGUACUAAAUUUGAUAUGUAUAUAACAUUUUUCAUCCAAUAAACAGAUGAGUGAUGAACGUUUCUAAUGCGGAUAUUCUACUAACAGGAAAGUGGCACGGACACAACAUAUAACACAACACACACAACAUAUAACAAGACACACACAACAUACAACACAACGUCCCAUCGUCGUCUGUACUGUCCACGUCACCCCACACCCACACUGUAUGUUUACCUUUGAAUACAGCUUCCUGAACUCUAAAUACUGGCGCCUUAUUUUUAGAAAGAAGAGAGAUUUCUAUCAAUUUUGACGUAAUCACUGUCAGAUUUGCUGUCAAUAAAUAAUAAAGUUGUGUUACACUUCGAACUCGUUUGUUUGUUUUACGCUUUUACACAUUACUAGUUAAUCAUUAUCAUCAUUAAAUGUCUGCAUACUUUUUAUUUAGAAUUGAAGUUCUGUCAACAAACAAAAUCUUAAGUUAUUUUUGUUUUUCAUUAAAGAUAUAAACUUUUUGAGACUGAAAAAUCUAGUUACAAUAUAACAUUGCUAAAGUAUUGGAUAGAAGCAGGCGUUACUUUGCGGAAGUUCAUCAUGAUUAUAUAAUGAUUUAUUUAUUUUGCUAUCAUCCGCGAAAAUUCGGCGAACCCAUGCGACAACGUCACCCAGGUCCGACAAAUCUCCUGAGCAUGCGAUAUUAUCUCCUGAGGAUCCUCCGGACCACCGGAGCAUCCUCAGGAGAUAAUAUCUCCUGAGGAUGCUCCGGUUUCGGGGUGAAACGUACGUAGAGAGUAUUUUGUCGGAUCUGGGUGACGUUGUCGCAUGGGUUCGCCGAAUUUUCGCGGAUGAUAGCAAAAUAAAUAAAUCAUUAUAUAAUCAUUGCUAAAGUAUUUUAUUAAUUAAAUUGUACAUACAAGAUAAGUUCGCAAGUGUGUUGCGGUUAAUGUUGCAAUGUACGAAUAGCAUUAGUAACCAUGUAACCUUUACGUAUCGCGCCAUAUUUUUUUUAUGUAUAUACAAAAUCUAUAUUAUUUAUGAAAGUAGCGUUAGCAAAAAAAACAUCGAACAAAAAUUCUUAAACGUAACAAUAUUUUUUGCAUUGCAUUAAAAUGUACUUGUAAUAAUUUCAAUUAUUUAAUUUACUUUUUAUGUCUACUAUUUUGCUGACGCUACUAAAAGCAGCAAAUUUUUAUUCGCUUUUUCGUAAGAGUUAUCUAGUCCCGAAAUACAAAUAGGCGGAAUGGCUACCAAGUUGCGUUUGUACUUGCAAAAUGUUAUGACAUGUUAUAAGCCAAAUAUUAUAUUUAUCCAAUAGCUUGCUUUCUAAAUUCCAGUCAUUAUACAUGUCCUACAAAUCGUUUAGACAUGGUGAAUUUUAAUAUUUAUUACCAUAGUAAGUUUCAGAGCGACCUGUAUAGCGUAGAUGGUGGUGGAUGGUGAUAGUUUUCAACAGAGAUAUCCUAGGUUCUAUACCCAGUGGUGAGAGGCUUCGGCCGUGGCUAGUUAACAUGUUAGGAGGAGGAUCCAAGGCGUACCGCCAAGCGAUUUAGCGUUCCGGUACGACCGUUCAUACUUUCGUGUUGUGUAGAAACCGAAAAGGGUGUGGAUUUUUAUCCUCCUCCUAACAAGUUAGUCUGCUUCCAUCAGAAACUGCAUCAUCACUUAAUAUCAUUUGAUUUCAGAGACAAGGUCUUUACGCAAAGCAGACAUAAGAAUUUUUUCUCGGACUUAGAUUUUUUUAAUAUCUUUUUUUUUAUUCUUUAUAAGUAGCCCUUGACUACAAUCUCACCUGAUGGUAAGUGAUGAUGCAAUCUAACGGGCUAAGUAUUUAAAAGUUUGAUGAAAAUCCACACCCCUUUCGGUUUCUACACAUCGUACCGGAACGCUAAAUCGUUUCGUCUUCGCCGGUAGGGCCGUUACUAGCCAUGGCCGAAAUCUCCCACCAGCCAGACCUGGACCAAUUAAAUGAUUCAGCGUAAAGAAAAAAAAAAUUUUGUGCUUGUAACAUGUUACAUAUUAACAUCUCCUAUAUGAACACUGCUGUAUAACAUUUUAUAGAUUUUGUAUAACAUAUUGAUUACUACUAUUUUGUAAAAUUAUUUUUCCUUAGUAUGUAAAUAAAUUGAUAAAUUUUUUAUACAUUUAAUUUUUUAACGAUUUUAUUUUAUAAUACUCAUACGGUCACAUAAUUGAGCAUUUAUUAUGGUUUUAAAUCGGACACCAUUUUGAAAAUGUUAUUGUAAAUCUGAGCCUGUACAAACCACACUUGCAAUGCCAUAAAAAAGUGUUACACGAAACAUUAGAUAAAAAGUUCAAUUAUCUGAUUUUAUUAAAACUUUUUAACUAUUAUAGGUAUGUAAAUGAAAAUUUUAGUCAGGGAUCCGUAAUAUAUUUUUUACAACUGAUUACUAUCAAGUUAACAUAUACACAGCUUAAAAAUACUGCAAAAGACCGGAAGAGUUUUCUACACAUGACCGCCAAACUUCAGCUGGAAGAAGGCACCUAAUGAUGACUAUCAAGUUAAUUCCUCGUGAGUAGCUUCAUCUCGAUGAGACGAGCAACUUUUUUGUACACGAAAAUUCUUGAUUCUGGUAGCUAACUGAGUUACCAGGAAAUAAAAGUUUCUGUGCGUCGGAACGAUUUAAUGUUCCACGCAAUUAGCAAUUUUUAGGACAUUAUGGCUGUUAAGUUGUCACUUACAGUCGCUACACAAAGAAUUAACUUGAUAGUAAUCAGUUGUAAAAAAUGUUCUACGGAUCCCUGACUAUUUAUCAUUGAAAUGUUAAUUAAAUAAGCCUAAAUAGCUGAACGCUAAAGACUUAUCACCAAAAGGUUGUGGUUCGAUCCCCGCCUGCUGUACUAUUGUCGUACUCACUCCCAAUACAGUGUUUUCAGACUAGUGUGAGAGAAACAGGAAUAUCGGUCAUAUUUAAAAGAUAUAGGCUAUAUAUUAUCCUUUAAAAAAUAACUAUUAUGUUUUUAAUAGAACUUAAUCAGAAAAGUUGUUACAUAACCUGUUACAAUAAUUAUAUUGUUACAUAACAUGUUACAAUAAUUAUGUUGUUACAUAACAUGUUACAAAAGUGAAGGCUCAUGUUAUAUUAUAACAUUUUCAAAAUGUAUCCGUAAUCUUUGUGAUAGCGGCAGCCUAAAGUAAUGUAAAGGUAUUUUUUUUGUAAUGUUUUAUUUUUCUGUAUAUUACAAAUGAUAAUUGAUUAAUUGAUUCGUUAUUUUUGAGAUAAUUUCGUUCGGCGAUGUUUAUAUAAUGUGUAAUUUUUAAUAAACAAAUAGCAAUUUGUAAUUA